AUGGGGAAGGACAAAGAGCGUUCGGUCAACCCUGCGGCUGCGCAGCGAAAGCAGGACAAGCAGAAGAGCUUGAAGAAGGGGAAAGCCGAGGCGCUGGCACGCCGCAAUGAGAAACUCGCACGACGCAACCCGGAUCGAAUUCAGCGACAGAUCAACGACUUCAAAGCUAUGGAGGAGGCGGGACAAAAAUUACGACCACGCGACAAGGAGAUACUGGAAGCGCUUGAAAAGGACCUACGGGGGGUCUUGAAAGCACGCGAGGCUUUGGGCGAUAAAGCACCAAAAUUUGGAGACGGUCAUGGUUCCCGGAGGGACGGAGAUGCCGUGCUCGGCAAGCGGAGGAGAGACGAGGAACACGGAAGGUACCCGCAUGAAAGUGACAGCAGCGAGACAGACGAGGAUGUACGACGGAUACCCAUGCCGCGGGACACACCACCACCGAUCCCACGGCAACCGCGGAGACGGGGUCCUGGAGAGAGAGAGGACUCGGAACUGCGUGGGCCACAUUCGCUACCCUCUCGGCCACCAGCGGUCGAACAUAAGACUGUUUACGAAGCCCAGCCUGAGAUUCGAGAUCUGCGGAAGGAGGCUGUCAACAAGUUCAUUCCCGCUGCGGUGCGCAUGAAGCAGGAAUCAAUUAGGGGGACUGGGAAGUUGUUAGAACCGGAGGAGAUGGACAGGCUUGAGAAAGCUGGGUAUAACGCUACAGCCCCGGCAGGUCAACCGUCCACUGCUGGCGAUGAACAACUAUCACUGGAAGAAGAGGAGCGGCGGUUCAAUCAGGAGAUGAAAACUGUACAGAUAGAAGAAGUGGAGGACGAGGAGGCUUAA